CCAGAUGUUGACCAUAGAGUUGCACUGGAGGACUUGGAGAUUCCUAGACUGGUGUUCUUUUUGGUAAAAAGAAUAGUGUUUGUUUUUUAACUGCAUUCAUUCCACCUUCACAGGUUCCUUCUCCCUUAACCCCAGCAAAUGUGGACCCAUAUACCUUCUUCCUCCUCCUUACUGGUUUCUAAAAAGAACUAGGCAUCUCCUUCUCUGAGGCAGCCCUUUUUCCUAUCUCUAAACCCGGAACGCCUGGGAUGUCCAUUUCCAUUUGUGUCUAUCCCAAGCCCUCUCCUUCACAGGGGCCAUGAUGCCCUCCUCCUCAUCUUUUGUGACAACAUCAGACAGUCACAGACACUGCAGUCAGGCAGCAGCUGCAAAAGGAGGAAAUCUGGUUUUGGUGAACCCCCCUCAAAAUGGCAGCUGCCUCGCUUUCUUGAGCCUGGCUUGGCGAGAGAAGGCUGGGCGCCCGCUUUAGAUGGAGUACCUGGGCACUACCCAGACAGCGACCUACUGCGGACCCCGGAAGAGCUGCCUCCUCCCAGAGGUGGCCCCUACAAGCUUGAGCCACGAUAGCUACCAGGCUUACUACCUGCCUGGCUACCGCUACCUGAACUCAUGGAGACCCAGCUUGUUCUACAAAGUUUCCUCCUUCCGGCCGAGCGAUGAGGCCGGCGGACGCCUCUGUGCCCCCCUGCGGCCACCCACUAUCCUCCCCUCGGUGCGGCCGUCCCUCUAUGCCCGCUACAGCCCCCACGACUGGUACAAAGCCAAUGCCAACGCCAUCAAAGGGUCAGAGGCCUAUCGGCACUGGGCCGGGCGGCUCAACGCCGACUCGACGCGGCUGAUCCAGGAUAAGGACCAGUUGACCCGCCAGCAGCAGGAGGAUUCAGGGAAGAAUAUCGGGCAGAGGCUAGCGGACAUCGACUUCUGGAGGUCGGAGUUGUCCUAUGAGCUGGAGCGGUUGCUGACUGAGACCCGAGCGCUGGACACGGCCAAGCGGCGCCUGGAGUGUGCUGCGGAUGAGGCCCAGGGACCCCUGCAGGUAGCCUUGGAAUGCUUAUACAACCGGGAGAAACGGAUGGGGAUCGACUUGGUCCACGAUGAUGUGGAAAAGAACCUAAUACAGGAAACGGACGUGAUCCGCACCUGCCAAGAGAAGAUGAGAAAGCUUGCGGAAAAAAUUGAUCAACAAAUAAACAUUAACAGAGACGCCCAACAUGCCCUGGAGCGGGACCUUGGCGACAAAAGCUCAGCCCACUUUAUUGAUGAGAAAUGCUACAACCUGAGGAACACUUCAGACAGCAUUAACUACUACCACGGAGUGGAGAAAAUUGAUGGAACAGUCUCCGUUCCUGAAACGUGGGCCAAGUUUAGCGACGACAACAUCCGCUAUUCCCAAAAUGCGCGGGCCAACACUGCCACCCUUUGCAAGGAAGCAGAUCAUACUCUGGAGAUCACAUCGGAUGACAUGUGGAGGCAGUGGACUGACACUAACUUGGCUUUCGAUUCUCGCAUCUCGGAAAUAGCAGAUUCAAAGAACCAGCUGCAAGCCCAGCUGGCCAAGACACUUCAAGAGAUCUUUCAGACCGAAAACACAAUAAUGUUGCUGGAGAGAGCCAUCUUGGCCAAGGAGUGUCCGCUCAAGGUGGCCCAAACCCGUUUGGAAGCCAGAACAUGGAGACCCAAUAUGGAGUUAUGCCGCGACAUACCCCAGUUCAAGCUGGUCAAUGAGGUUUUCACCAUCGACGACACGCUCCAGAGCCUGAAGCUGCGUUUGCGCGAAGCUCAGGACACCCUCCAGCUGCUGAUCUUCAACAAAGCCAAGCUGGAGCACGAUCUGCUGGUGAAGGCCAACUCCCUCUUCAUCGACAAGGAGAAGUGCAUGGGCAUGCGCAAAACCUUCCCCAGCACCCCUCGCCUGGUCGGCUACACCUGAGACC